AUUAGAGGCCCUCGCAAAAGGGGUUUAAGACGCAAAAUGUGUUCGAUCGGAGUACUUGCUCUCUGUUCGCCGGCUAAAUUUCAUCAUCGCCGGGAACAAUUGCUGAUUUUUACUCCGACCCAUUUGCGUAAUCCUAAUGGGUUUCAAUUUCGGUGGAGAAAGUCCCGACCUUUCGCUUCCAGACUCGCCCAAUCCGUCAAUUUCGCUCCGUCCUUUUCACAACUCCCUCUUAUACGCUCUUCGACGUCUCUUCUUUCUUCCAAGGAUUUCGUUCAGAUUCUGGCGAGAAAAGCCGCCAUUUUACUUGUUGGGUCGUUUGUCUUUCUAGGGUUCUGUUCUUCGAAACCUGCUUUAGCGUUACCCACUGCAACUGUCGUCUCUCAGGCAGAGUUAGAGGACGAGAAAAUGUUCGAGAAGCUUCUGGAAAGUGAGCCAGAGAACAUGGAGGCUAUGAAAGCUGUUGUGUAUAAGAAGAUGAGGAGAGGGAAGAAUGAAGAUGCUGUGAAAUAUGUUGAGAAGCUGAUGAAAUUAGAGCCUCAUGAAGUUGAAUGGAAGCUUUUAGAAGCGCUUUGUUAUGAAACGAUGGGACAACUGAGCAAAGCCAAGAGAUUUUAUAAGGAUAUUCUCAAAGAACAACCUCUUUUGAUCAGAGCUUUGCACGGUCUUGCUAUGGUAAUGCAUAAGACUCAUGACACCUCUGUCUUUGAUAUGCUCAUGGAAGCUAUGGAAGUUGCUCGACAAGGGAACAGAGUAACCGAGGAGAGAAACAUACAAGUCUUGAUUGGUCAAAUGCAUAUUGUGCAGGGUCAAUUUGAAGAAGGUCUAAAGAUAUUUCAACAGAUGGUAAAUGAUAACCCUCGAGAUUUUCGACCUUAUCUUUGCCAGGGCAUAGUGUAUAGCUUAAUGGAUAAAAAAGAGGAAGCAGCUCAACAGUUUGAGAACUAUUGGAGUCUUGUACCUGAAGAAUUCCCACAAAAGGGAUUUCUCGACGAUGUUGCCUUGGCUGCUCAAGCCAAAUCCCGAGAACGACUUCAAAACACAUUCAAAGCUAAAUUUACUCAGGGGAAAUAAAUCAUGGAUAGACAUAAAAUCGAUAUCCAGGUGAGUAAUUUCAUCUUACUUGAUGCUUCAUCAUCAGUUGGAAGUUUUCCUCUUGAGUUUGCAGUGCUGCCACUCAUGUAAUCACAUUAUGGUCAUGUUGCAGCUACAUGACAUAUGGUUAUAAAGAUCAGAUAUGAAA